AUGGGUGCCUCUCUUCUUCUUCCCUCGUGGCUCCUCGUCGGUGCCCUCAUCCUCGCACUGGUCGCGUCUCUCCCAACUCGAGGACUCGCCCAUCCUCAGCGCACCAGCAUAACCAGGCGCUACAUUUUCAACGUAGACCCCCUUUAGGCCCCCAUUGUUAGUGCACUCUCUGGAAGGAACGAGUCAUCGUCUUCUUACCGUCUAAGCUGACCCUCCGCAGGUUAACCUGACCAACGUGACCCGGCUGUGCCACCGGAAGAGCAUCGUCACCGUCAACGGCCAGUUCCCCGGCCCUCCCAUCGUCGCAAGGGAGGGCGACCGCCUCCUCGUCAAGGUCAUCAACCAUUCCCCCUACAACUUGACCUUGCACUGGUACAAACCCCCCCUCCUCUCUCUCUCUCUCUCUCUCUCUCUCUCACAUCGGCGGCGCGCCGGGGAUGGGUUGGCAGGCACGGGUUAAGACAGCUGAGGAACGGCUGGGCCGAUGGGCCGGCGUACAUCACUCAGUGCCCGAUCCGGCCGGGGCAGAGCUACGUGUACAACUUCACCGUGGCCGGUCAGAGGGGAACGCUGUGGUGGCACGCCCACGCCUCCUGGCUCAGGGCAACCAUCUACGGCGCCAUCGUCAUCCUCCCCAAGCUCGGCACCCCCUACCCCUUCCCCAAGCCCCACAGAGAAGUCCCCCUCAUCCUCGGUAUUGGGCCUUUCUCAGAAAGUUAAAGUAGCAACCACAUUAUUGGGCCGUUGUGACUUGGAUUUAUGGGCUGGAUCGGUGCAGGAGAGUGGUGGAAUGCUGACCCGGAAUCCAUCAUCAGCCAGGCCUUGCGGACGGGGGGUGGCCCAAAUGUGUCCGACGCGUACACCAUUAAUGGGCUCCCUGGCCCACUAUACAACUGCUCCGCUAAAGGUGGGCCUUUUGUCCGACCACCAGGGAACCGAGUCGGGGAAUCGUUCCCAGAAAAACGCUCACAGACGCCCCUCCCCUCUGUGACUCGGCCGUGGUUGCAGACGUCUUCAGGAUGAAGGUGAGGCCCGGGAGGACGUACCUGCUCCGCCUGGUCAACGCUGCGCUCAAUGAGGACCUCUUCUUCGCUGUCGCCGGCCACAACCUCACCGUGGUGGAAGCCGACGCGGUCUACGUGAAGCCCUUCGUCACCGAAACCCUAAUGAUCACCCCGGGGCAGACCACCAACGUCCUCCUCCACACGAGACCCGCCUUCCCCAAUGCCACCUUCCUCAUCGCUGCCGGCCCCUACGUCACCGGCGCCGGCACCUUCGACGGCUCCGUCACCGCCGGCCUGCUCCAAUACUUGCCGCCGCCGCCGCCGCCGGGCUCCUCUUCUUCCCCCGUCAUCCCCAUCAAGAAACUCCGGCUCUUCAAGCCGUCCCUGCCCUCGUUCAACGACACCUCCUUCGUUACCGCAUUCAACUCCCGCUUCCGCAGCCUCAGAAGCUCCGAGUUCCAGUCGAACAAGGUGCCGCUGACAGUGGACAGGCACUUCUUCUUCACGGUCGGCCUCGGCACGGCGCCGUGCCCCGCCAACCGGACCUGCCAGGGGCCCAACGGCGCCAAGUUCGCCGCCGCCGUCAACAACAUAUCCUUCAUCCUGCCGGCCACGGCGCUGCUGCAGGCCCACUUCACCGGCAACGGCAGGUUGAAAGGGGUCUACGAUGGCGACUUCCCCAGCCGUCCCCUCGUCCCCUUCAACUACACCGGCCCGCCGCCGAAGAACACGCUCGUGAGCGCCGCCACCAAGGUGGUGGAGCUCCCCUUCAACACCAGCGUAGAGCUGGUCAUGCAGGACACCAGCAUCCUCAGCGCGGAGAGCCACCCGCUCCACCUCCAUGGAUUCAACUUCUUCGUGGUGGGGCAGGGCUUCGGGAACUUCGACCCCAACAAGGACCCCGCCGACUACAACCUCGUUGACCCGGUGGAGAGGAACACCGUCAGCGUCCCCGCCGGCGGCUGGCUCGCCGUCCGCUUCCUCGCCGACAACCCCGGUGAGCGCCACCGCUACUUCUGUGUAUCUUCAACAAACGCGAUAACAACGCAGAGGGAAGCCACAGAUCAUGAGACAGCUUGCCUUUCUUCCUCGCAGGCGUCUGGUUCAUGCACUGUCACCUGGAGGUUCACACCAGCUGGGGACUGAGGAUGGCGUGGACGGUGAAGGACGGACCUCUCCCCGGCCAGAAGCUCCUCCCUCCGCCGCCUGACCUCCCAAAAUGCUGA